UCCAGACGGAGGAGCGCAGCGCGGCACCCACCUUACAGAAUUCUAGGCCCGUGAUUGACUGCGCGGCAGCCAUGGCAAAAACUCGCGGUAUUCCAGAGGCUCGCGCGAGCACUCCAGCAAGUUGAUGGAAGGAAAGUAGAGUCUUGACGGCAGGAUACGAUCCGGGGGAAUCCGAAUCUACCUGGUCAUCACCGCUACCUGCGACCCACAGCACAACUUUGGGGAAAAAUUUGUGAACUUCGUGUCACUGGAAUUAAUUUACUCUUUAUAAACAGUGAGAAUUUAGCGGACUGAAAAAAAACAUUGAAACCUAUACAUACUAUUUUAAUUAAUAAUUAGUGCAUUUAAAUUUCAUAAAUAUAUUAGCUAAAAAAAUAUUAAAAUUUGUUUCUCGAAAUGACAAUAUAAUUAUUUAAAAUAUAGUGGUGAUUUUUUAUAGAUUUUGUGCUGGAUUUGUUACACGAUAUCCGUUCGUGAAGAAGUUAAUGCAAAUUACGGUUUUAAGUGGUUGUCAGCAAAAAGUAAUUUUGUGGUUUAAAUUACGUCGUGAAAUUAUCGAGUGUGACAGUGUGUGAGGUGCAGCACCGAGGGUUGUUGAUUCUUGAGUUAAUGCCAGACACUGUGGUGUCAGCAAGCCAUACACUGCGGUGUCAGCAAGCCAUACACCGCAAUGUCAGCAAGCCUUCACCAUCCCCAUAAAUGCGCUCAUCAGCCCUGAUGUAUUAACCUUUCGUCUGCGUCUUCCCAGGGUGGCACUGCCGUCACUAGCCUGUCGUCGACAGCCUCACCAUCAACUCUAUCUUAACCACCAUCGUCGUCAGCAACAACCGCACCUGUGUCGUUACGUUAACCCACUCGUCACCGCAGCGACCACCCUCGGGAACUACCACUAUGCCUGCCGACAGCCUGGUUAACCUACGCCAAUAACCGCAAGAGGAUCGUCAAUUUAGAGAAUUAACCUACGCCUGGAUAACCAGCGCUUUUUCUACUCCCUAGAAAUCUCCAAGGCCGCUAGCGGUCUUCCAAUCACAUGCGGCACUAGCAUUCCCACAUAUAACCCUGUGGAUACCGCCGCCGUGAAUAUAAACUCCACUAAAUCUUGGAAAUCUGCGAGCGGCUGCGGCAUCCUGCGGCGUGGGAUGUAACACUAGCGGUCGUAAAUCAGCGUUAAGGAUCGCCCUGCGGUCUGUGACAAGGUUCCUACUACACGAAGGACCCAACGCUGCCGACGACGCCAGAUUACCAUCUCCAGAAGUUGCUGACGAAGGCUCCUACCUCAUAAACAGCACAGAACUUCUCCCCGAAGAAGAGCAUGCAAGACGUGACUAUCAAGGCUUCAGAUAAACAUCUGAUACAAUUGACGAGCGCACCUCUGACACAGUGACCAUUAAAAUGCUGUAAUAAGAGAGAAGUGAUGAGAUAUAUCUCCAGAACAAUUCUCAAGGGAUGUCUCAUUGAGACAGGUUACAUAACAGAAAGAUGAGAAAAAUAAAUUAAUGAGACAGCAGGGGACACAGUGAGACUUAACGUGUCAAUCUCCCCCCAAGAGAUUAAAAACAUGAAACGUAAAUAUAUAACCAGUGAAAGGAAAAUAGCGAAGUUAUCGCUCUGAGGGAGACGCAGAGGUGGUUGUGGCGGCCCAGCCGGGUUAGUGCAAUAGAUAAAAAGAUAGAAGAAAAUACAGAGAUUCCGUGAAGGCGCAGAACAGACCACAGUAGAUAGAACAGAAAUACAAGGGCUGCUUGAAGUACAGAAGUAGCUUGAAGCAGAAAUAGUGUCAAAACUAUCUACUGGAGUGUGUGCUACGCCGAACUGGAAGUGUGUGUGUUGAGGCUGAUAACAGAGAGCCUGGUGGCCCUGAAGACUUAAGAGCGAUCCUGCGAGGACUGAAGACUGACGGAGGAGGAGGAGGAGGAGGAGGAGGGCGGCGCAGAGAGGAGCAGGAGUGGAGUGGGGUAUGGCGGGAGUCAUGUAUCAAGGAUACGCUACAUAUCUACAGGCCUACCAGCGCCACUCCAAUCCUUACUGUCCUACCACUCCUCUUGCACUCAACCACUAUGACAAGAAGUACCGACUACAGGACGCUGCAGGCGCAGCAGGCUCAUCACAGCCUCCCACGCCCGACCUGCAGCAGCAACAGCAGCAGCAGUUCGCAGCGGCGGCAGCGGCAGCGGCAGCCGCAGCUGCUGCAGAGGCCUCCAGCAGCAGCUCUGCGGCACCUCUGGCUAACCAGCAGACGGGAGCAGCAGCUGCAGCAGCAGCAGCGCCAGCAGCAGCAACUGCUGCUGCAACUCACGCCGGAGUGUGCUCUUCGCCAGUGACAUCACAGCAGCAGCAGCAACAGCAGCAGCCGCAACAACAGCAGCAGCAACAACAACAGCAACCAGUGUCGCAUUCUUCCAAAACGGAUGAAAAGGGGGAGCAGCAGCACGCAGACGCCCACUACAUCUCUGCUAACUGCGUGGUGCUGACGUACUUCAGCGGGGACCUGGCAACAGCUGUCGACGAGCAUUUUUCCAGAGCUCUCACGCAAUCCUUCAGCAAGACCAACAAGGAUCCGUGCCCCAUGUCGCAGCGCAACCUCCCCGCGUCGUUCUGGAACAGCCACUAUCACGCUGGAAUGUCUGGGUACCCAGCGGCGGGCAGUUCGAUGGGUCUGACAGGACACGAAACACUGUACCCUGACUAUUCAAGCCUUCACGGCCUCCACCAGAGCGACCCUUGGACCUACAACUUCACCACGGCAGGGCAGUACCCACACCACCGCUCUGUUGCUGACUUCACCUAUAUGCCAUCCUCCUCCAGGUACCCACACAACUACUCAUCCCUCUUAAUGGGUCGCCCACGCCUGCCCCAGUGUGUGGUGGGCAAGGCUGACCCCUGGGGUGCUGCCCCUCGUCUUCAUGAUGACAUGACCUUUGACCCAACGGCUGCCUACACUCACCACUUCUCCUCCAUGACAGGACUGGAAGGAGCCGGGGCGUCGCAGGAGGGCAGUAAGGACCUCUACUGGUUCUAGAUUCUUAGUCUGACCCACGCCCACCCACCGCCCACGCCCGGUAUAGCUCUCCUGCACAAUUCUAAGCCUCCAUGCCUAAAUCUCAAGCCUGGACUUCAAGGCUCCAUCUUAAGCCUACUGCAUCUCCUCGCCUUAAAGGCCUACUCAAGGCUACGUAGGGCUGGCCCUGUAAGAUGGACUUUUCAGUUUCCCUGAGGUGGGACCAGCUCUCUACCAGCACGUGGGACCGAUUGCGAUACUAUUAGAGACCAGGCAAUGGUUCCAUUCCCAUAACCCACACCAUCUCCAAUCCCCCCCCAUCACCACCACCAUCAACCAUCCCAUCACCACCAUCAACCCCCCAUCACCACCACCAUCAACCCCCCAUCACCACCACCAUCAACCUCCCCAUCACCACCAUCAAUCCCCAGCACCACUACCAUCAACCACCAUCACUACCACCAUCAACAACGCCAAAAGGAGAAAAGCGAAUAGGAAGAGGAUAAGCAACCAAAGAAGAGAAAACGGGAGAGCAAGAGGAGAAAAGGAAAGGAAGAGGAGAAUGACAGGUGGGAGCCGAGGUUUCAACACAGCGACGGUGUCAGGUUAGAGAACAGGUGUAAACACAGGUGUCGUGCCUAAAACAGGUGAAAAUACGUCAUCGGCUUUGCCUCUACGAUUCAAAGAGGACAAAUGUUUACUGAAUCUACACAAACGUGGAAUCAAAAUCUCCAGCGGUGCCAGAAAUGAAUUCAGUGCCAAGGAUUUAAAAAGAAAGGGUGUUACUAAGAGUACAGAGUGCACUGGAGUGCAGAGAGUGUACUAAGUACACAGUGUGUGUGUAGAAAGUGUACAGUGUGUUUACGGUGUAGGGAGAGUACUGUGAACUAAGAUACUGUAUACAUGUACUAAGACGUAGGGGCAGUGUGUACCUGUACACUAAAUACAUUAUGUACCCAAACGGUGCGGAUUAUAGCCAAACAAAUUAUACCAACAGUAUAACAGCAGCAACAUGAACACGGAGAAAUAAAUCCCCCCCCCCUCAAAAAAAAUUACUCUUAGAGUGGAAAAAAGUAUGACUGAGUAUUCUCUGUCCAGCUGUUACUGGAAGGAGGAUCGAGCCUCCAGCACCAUUCCUUGGUGCUGGGCCGCGCGGUUUUAGCACUUUGCUCCUGCAAGAACCAUGCACUUGAUUUCAACAGACUUGCUAAGUCACUCUGGUUUAAAAAAAAUAUAUAUACGAAGUUCCUACAGUGACUGAAAAACAUUUUAAAUGUGUAAAAAAAAA